AUGGCUACACCUUUGUCAGCAAGGGCACGGUGCGGGCUUUCAUCAAAGAUCUCCAGCACGAGGCUGCCAGUGCAAGGCGUCCACGUGCCCGUUUUCCUGGGUGCGGUUGACCUUCGAUCGAUGAACAAGACUUACUACUACGACCACCGGGUCUACGUGGUGCACUUGACAUUUUUGUCCUGGGGAGGCUGCAGCGUCGACGGAGCGCAGAGGGCUGGCGACAUGGGCAGGUCGCUCGAAGGCGAGGCCAUUCGGUCCUUGAGAGCCAUGCAUCGAGAGCGCGUGGUCCACAAAGACGUGAGGCUCGCAAACAUGUUAUUCAAUCCCGAGACCGGCGGGAUUAUGGUGAUCGACUUUGAACGGGCUUUGCUGCUCAACCCGCCUCGACGUCCGCUGGCGCAGCUGGUGCCGAACAAGCGAGCGUGGCAGUCGGAGACGAUGGAUGGCAAGAAGGUAACUGGUGAUUCGAGCAAGCGAAGUCGGUCAAGUCAAAGCUUUUUAGAGGAUAUCCGGUUGGCAAAGACGGCGUUCUUGGAGUGGAAUGCUAAGCCAUAG